UUAAUACACUGUCUCUAAUGGUAGAAUUCAUCAAGAGUGAAGGGAUCCAAUGUGUGUAAAAAUUAUGGAAGGAUCGAAUUUAAUGGCCUAUCUUCAACCUGGUCCCUCAACUUGGCUUUUUUCUUCACAAUCGGAAUCUCUUUUUCACUUCCUUUCCCGGGAAUAUUGAAUUCCAUUCUUCUUACUUCUGUUAGCUUCAUCGGAACCAAUGGCGGUUUCUUAUCCCAAGCUCCCAUUGCGGGAACUGGGAAACACUGGCCUCAAAACCAGCAGUGUCGGCUUUGGUGCUUCCCCUCUAGGCAGCGUCUUCAGCCCCGUUUCCGAGGAGGAUGCCGUCGCCGCCGUUCGUGAAGCAUUCCGUCUCGGCAUCAACUUCUUUGACACCUCCCCGUACUAUGGAAGGAACUUAUCAGAAAAGAUGCUUGGUAAGGGACUGAAAGCUCUAGGAGUUCCAAGGAGUGAGUAUAUAGUGUCAACAAAGUGUGGGAGAUAUGGCGAGGGUUUUGAUUUCAGUGCUGAGAGGGUGACAAGGAGCAUUGAUGAGAGUUUGGCUAGGCUACAACUAGAUUAUGUCGAUAUACUGCAUUGCCAUGAUAUUGAAUUUGGAUCUCUUGAUCAGAUUGUGAACGAGACGAUUCCUGCACUUCAAAAGCUAAAAGAAGCUGGGAAGACUCGUUUCCUUGGUAUUACAGGAUUACCGUUGGAAAUAUUUACGUAUGUGCUUGAUCGAGUACCACCUGGAACCAUUGAUGUGAUUCUUUCAUAUUGUCACUACAGUAUUAAUGAUUCAACAUUGUUAGAUUUACUACCUUACUUGAAGAGUAAGGGAGUUGGAAUAAUCAGUGCUUCUCCUCUAGCAAUGGGCCUUCUAACCGAUCAAGGUCCCCCAGAAUGGCACCCAGCUUCACCGGAAUUAAAGUCUGCAUGUCAAGCUGCGGCUGAUCAUUGUAGAAAGAAGGGAAGAAAUAUUACAAAGUUAGCCAUCCAAUACAGUCUGGUGAACAAAGAUAUUUCAACGGUGCUGGUUGGCAUGAACUCUGUCAGACAGGUGGAGGAAAACGUAGCUGCUGCUGAAGAACUUGCCACAUUUGGGAGGGAUGAGGAAACUCUGUCGGAGGUUGAAGCUAUCCUUAACCCUGUCAAGAAUCAGACAUGGCCAAGUGGAAUCCAAAACAGCUGAUAUUUAAGUCGCUGCUGCUUGGAUAUCAUCAAAGCACUGAGGAUUCGUUUGAAAGAGUUGAUUGUUUUGGAUUUUCUUUCGGUACGAUAAUAAUUACGAGGUGGAGAUCAAAUCUUCAAACUCUUGGAAAUAAAAUCAUGUCAACUCUUGGAAAUAAGAUCCUGUCAAGUAUCGUUGAAUUAAGCUCAUGAAAACUUUCAUGAUUCGAAUUGUUCAAAUUGUAAAUUUUUUUAAUCCAAACGUCUCUUGUUGAGAGAUUUGUGUGAAUAAGACAUCUUGGUCUUUGUCGACUCCUAAACUCUUUUUCUAUGAAGGGAAAUGAAGAGAAUUUAUAGACAAAUUUUGUAUUUAGGUUUGGGUGGUUCCAAGGAAUGCAUCUAAAGGGAAAGUUUUACAUAAAUAUUUGUGCUAGAGCAUGUUUAUAUGGAAAGCUUAGUCCUUGAAGUUUGUA